CAAAUCUGUUACAACCUGGUUACUAGAGCGGAUGGGUUUCAGUUUAGGUUCGUGAACCAGUUUUGUUUCCCAACUCUACAAUGGGUAGAGGUGAACAAACCAGGUUUUUUUUAAUAUCCGGGUUCGGGUAUAUACCCGGGUACAUGUGUGAUCGGGUUUUGACUUUUCAGGUAUUGGCCAUCCGCCAUACCCGGGUACAUGUAUGAUCGGGUACAAACCGGAUACGAAUAACCCGAGUUCGGGUAUUGAAUAUAAUAUGCAUACCCGGUCACUACCCUACGGGUAGGGUCGGGUUCUGGUUUAAAAAAACCGGUUUUUCUAAUACCCGGGUUUGGGUCCGAGUUUUUUGUGCACCUCUAACAAAGGGUCGGGCUCUUGGGCUGCCGGUUCUUACUUAGCCCUAAACGGCUAAACUAAGUUCACAAUUUGUAUGGAUGGACUCACUAACCCAAAAGUAAAAAGCCCAUUUGAUCAUUCCCAAUAUUGGACAAAAUAUAAACACUAGCUCUACAAUGUGACACGAGUAGACAUAGAAACAGAGCCACAUAGUUUCAUUUCUCCAACUCAUCUUCAACCUCACUCUAAUUUCUCUAGAUUCCAAAUUAAUUUCAACCAAUAAUAAUAACCUCUCAUCUCAAUUCCAAUCACAAUAUUACUAACACCCUCGUCUUCCAAUUUGCUAUCCCUCAUUCUCAUUUGUGAAUAAACAGAGUCCCAUAACAAUGGAGAUGACUGUUGGAAUACACAAUUACGUCACUCCAAAACUUAGGCCUAAUUACAAGAACUCGUCUUUUCUCAAAACCCAACUGCCUGUUGGUCGCAAAUUGUCUUCUUGUUCUUCUUCCACCAUAAAGUUUCCAUCUUUUUCGCAUUCUAGAAGAAACCCACUUCACAGUUUUAUUAAAUGCUCUGUUUCUGAAGCUGAGGCUACUGAUACUGCCACUGAGAAGGUGGAGUUAGUGAGGCGAAAUGAUAUAAGGAACAUAGCAAUCGUUGCUCAUGUUGAUCAUGGAAAGACAACUCUAGUGGACGCAAUGUUGAAACAAGCAAAGGUAUUUCGUGAUAAUCAAGUUGUAGAAGAAAGAAUAAUGGAUUCAAAUGACUUAGAGCGUGAAAGGGGAAUUACAAUCCUCAGUAAAAACACAUCUAUUACUUAUAAAGAUACGAAAAUGAACAUUAUUGACACUCCGGGUCAUUCGGACUUUGGAGGUGAAGUAGAACGUGUUCUUAAUAUGGUGGAAGGAAUUCUACUAGUGGUGGAUUCCGUUGAGGGCCCAAUGCCACAAACAAGAUUUGUUUUAAAGAAAGCUCUUGAAUUCGGUCACGCGGUUGUUGUUGUUGUGAAUAAGAUUGAUAGACCAUCUGCACGCCCUGAAUUCGUUAUUAAUUCCACUUUUGAACUCUUUAUUGAACUCAAUGCAUCUGAUGAACAGUGUGACUUUCAAGCAGUGUAUGCAAGUGGUAUAAAGGGAAUGGCUGGACUUUCUCCUGAUAAUUUGGCAGAUGAUCUCGGACCACUUUUCGAGACGAUAAUUAGAUGCAUACCCGGGCCACGUGUUAAGAAAGAUGGCUCACUUCAAAUGCUUGUCACGAGCACUGAGUAUGACGAGCACAAAGGAAGAAUAGCUAUUGGGCGGUUACACGCCGGAAUUUUGAAUAGAGGCAUGGAUGUUCGGAUAUGCACACCCGAUGAUGCAUGCAGAUUUGGAAAAGUUAGUGAGUUGUUUGUGUUUGAGAAGUUUUCAAGGGCACCUGCGGAGAGUGUUGAGGCGGGUGACAUUUGUGCCGUGUGUGGUGUUGGUGAUGUUCAGAUUGGAGAGACCAUUGCUGAUAAAGCUGACGGGAAGCCUUUGCCUACUAUUAGUGUGGAAGAACCCACCGUAAAAAUGGCUUUCUCUAUCAACACUUCACCCUUUGUUGGUCGUGAGGGGAAGUAUGUUACAAGUAGAAAUUUAAGAGACAGACUGUACCGCGAGUUGGAGAGAAAUUUGGCCAUGAAAGUCGAAGAUGGUGAAACCGCGGAUGCUUUUCUUGUUAGUGGGCGUGGUACUUUACAUCUCACUAUACUGAUAGAAAACAUGCGAAGGGAAAAUUACGAAUUCAUGGUGGGUCCUCCGAAAGUAAUUAACAAAAAGGUCGAUGAUAAGGUUCUUGAACCUUAUGAGAUUGCGACUGUAGAGGUGCCUGAAGAACACAUGGGCGCGGUCGUUGAACUUCUAGGUAAAAGGCGUGGACAGAUGUUUGAUAUGCAAGGAGUUGGUUCUGAAGGAACGACGGUACUGAAAUACAAGAUACCGACUCGUGGGCUUCUUGGGCUAAGAAAUGCCAUUCUAACGGCUUCCCGAGGAACAGCUGUUCUCAACACGAUCUUUGAUAGUUAUGGGCCCUGGGCCGGCGAUAUGACAACCCGUGAUCUGGGAUCCCUGGUCGCGUUUGAGGAUGGGACGUCAACUUCUUAUGCUCUUUGUAGUUCUCAAGAACGAGGACAGUUGUUUAUUAAACCCGGAGUAGAAGUUUACAAAGGCCAAAUUGUUGGCAUUCAUCAACGAUCCGGUGACUUGGCACUCAAUGUAUGCAAAAAGAAAGCAGCUACCAACGUUCGCUCCAAUAAAGAAGUGUCCGUUGUUCUUGAUACACCGUUGGAUUAUAGUCUUGAUGAUUGCAUUGAAUACAUCCAAGAAGACGAGUUAGUUGAAGUAACUCCAAAAAGUGUUCGGAUGUUGAAAAACCCGAAGAUGAACAAAAAGGGUCGGUAAACAAGAUCAAAAGAUGACACAUUUUGGUGAUCAAUUAAGGAUUUUUGCACCAAUAUAACCAUACGGUGCUGUUUACACGAGGUAAUACGUGAUGAAUAUAGAAGAUUUUUUUUAGUUCUUAAAACAUUAAAAAACAUGCGGUUAUGUAGACUGCGCUGUGAUCGCCAAUAUGACGGAUUUAUCGUGUAUAAACUUCACAAAUUAGUAGCGGGUAGUGUCGCAGAAUCGAUGUUAAGAAAAGAAAAUGAAUAGAUUUUGGCUUGAUACAAGUUGUUUGUAACAUCAUAUAUAGUUUUGUGACCAAACACUACAUUGAUAAUGCAUUUUUGAGUUCCAUAUA